CGUCGUAUUCGUUAUGCACCAUUAGAGCUAUUGGAUGCUGGCCUCAACAAGCGAAAAAUGUCCAAGAGUGACUGUAACCUAUAAUGAUGAGGAUCAAGCUUGACAUGGCAAGAGUGCUAACCAUGAUGACUCUCCUAGGAACUGUCUUCAAGACAGCAUCUUCAAUAGACUGCUUCAUUUGCUUUGCAAACACCAAGAACGUCAAUUGUAUAUCAGAAAAUCACGAAUGUGAUGAGGGGGAUAACACUUGUCAAAAGACAGUCAUUGGAGAACAUGAAAGAAUCGAAAAAAAGUGUACGACUUUUGGGUCGUGUAAAGAGGAACAGAAAUCAUGCAACAAUAGAACAUGCRCAGUCUACUGCUGCGUGGACGACUUCUGCAAUACCGCUGAMACGAUUCAAGCAAACUGUACUUUUGUAUUUAUUUUGAUYUGUAUUUCAGUUUUUUAUGAUCAGUCUUGACCGAUUAUUGGCUGCUAUCUAAUACCAAGCUUUUUAUAUAUUUGGCUAGUUUUUUUAGCAAUAUUGAGAUAUAAUGCAUGUAAAUACUUAUUCUGUAGAUAUACUACUAAUAUCCUUGGGAUAUUGCUGAUUYAAGUUUUGAAUGAAGAGUUAGCCUUUUUCCUUGAUAGAGUGCAUUCACAAUAUCCGUGAUUCGUUGUCUUUCAUUUAUUGUUUUGAUCAUCUUCUCGCAGAUUGCUUCUCGAAUAUAAAGAAGUGUGCCGCGCAAGAAUUUUCCGUGCAAGAACACAAAAGAUAUGAAUUAUACUUCUUUUUAGUUUGGAAUUCAAGUUCAGUAAAAGCUCUUUCAAGGAAAAAUAAAUAAAUAGCUCGCCCCCUCCUUUUGUGAUGUUCUUGAUCCGCCCCUGCAUCUAAUAUGUUCAAGGCCGAUUAGUGCUCACCGCGCAAAUUUGAGAAACUCAUUAAAGGAAACAAUUUGAAGAUUUUAAAAGCAGCGAAGAAACAACUAAGUUAAGAUGAAAAAAACUUCAGCCUUUUUUGAAUUGAUUAAAGAAACUACACUUUUUCAGAAUGA